CACUCUUAUCACACUAUCAGCUAUUCCACAAUAAAAUCCGUAAAUGUACAUUACAAGAUAAAUGUCGAACAUUGAAUUAUUCCUAGGAAAAGUUUCUCAUUUUGAAACCGAAUCGAUUGCAGGACAUUAACGUUUGACGUAGAUACACAAACAUAAAAGUUUCUUUGAGUUUCAUAACUUGAACAUGAUGAAGGUGUAAAGUAUUACCAGGAGCACAAAUUCAUAACGUCGAGUUAAGGUUAGAGCACAAAAAUCGACCGUGUAGCUUUAUCCGCACAUCGUUUACGUCUGUUAAAGGGCGAUGAUAUCCGAAUUGGUGGUAGAAUAAAAUCGCCAUGAUAGAAAAAUACGUGGCAACGAGUUCUGGAGCUCGAACUGCGAAAGAGGCACACGGCGUAUAAAAUUGCUAACGUUUCACGAUGUACUGCACUAAGCGAUCUACAAGAAGGAGAAGAGACGACAGGUGACUGGUGGCUGCGCCAUGCGCGUUGCUCACUCGACCUCGGCGUCGCUCGAGCACGCUCGUCAUAGCUCGGGCGCCUCCGGCGGCGAGUGGUGGGGCGAGCAGUGUAUCCGUGACGUCACAUAAUUAGAGUAAAUACAAAGUAGUCUUGAUGGGACAGCGGCGUGCGCCGCACCGUGAGUCGCUGGUCCGCGCGCGUCAAACCUAUAUCGUUUCGAUACACGCACAUCGCGUUUGUGUAGCUCGUGAUAUAUCGCACUAUGUGCCGUCAGUGUGUGUGUGCCAAGGGAACCUAGAUGACUGUGGGAAUAGUAAGUGACAGUCGUGCAACAAAGAAAUGGAAAAGAUAGAGUUAUUGGGCGGUGCUUGCUUCAGCCACGGUCCGUACACGUUCUACAAAGCAGUUCGAAUAGGAAACGGUCGUGUACUUCGUCUUGGGAGCUUCUUCCUGACGAAACUGUGGAGCGAUGCCGACCUCGUCAGCAUCGGUGAACUUCAGCUGCUGUGGAUGGACAGCCGGGGCCCGAACCAGCCCCUGGCUUCUCUACGGCUGUACUUCUUGCCGGAGAACACCCCGGAUGGACGAAGGGACACACACGGAGAGGUGAGUGCUUUCAACUCCGAAUUUCAGACCGUCUAUGCGAGCCUCUUGCAUUGA